AUGUCUUCUGUUUUUGCCGUUUGGCUAGGUGUUUUCAUUUUUGGAGGAAACUUUGGAAACCACAAGCUGAGUAGCAUCAUUUGUUCCCGUAGCAGCGUCUACGGAGCCCCUUUCCGAGAGCGCACGUUACCACUCGACUCACUCCAAUCAGCUAACACGCAGACCAUGUCGCACGAAAGAUAUCUGUUUAUCGCAGCGUCUGUAGUUCUGGCGGCCGCCUACGUGCUGGCCAGACCGCAGAAAGAGUUCGUACUGUCGGACGUAGCCAACAAGACGAUGUGCCCCAUCGAGGUGGAGAUCAACUACAACCCGGACCGGAUCCCCAGCCGCAUCAAGUACCUGAAGUGCGCGGCGCGGCCCAACAAACUAUGCAGCGAGCACCACAUCUCGCACGGCUGCUGCCGCCAGCAUCACCACGCCUUCGUCACCGAGUGCGUGGAGAUCUACGACUGGGUGCAGGUCACGUUCAAGGGCCAGGACACGGCGCAGGCCAUCAAGGUGCCGGUGGGCUGCACCUGCCUCAUCGAGGAGACGACGGCGGCCGCGGAGGUGUCGUGA